AUAUAAUUGUUAUUUUAUUAUUAUAUUUAAUACAAACAUUUUAGUUCCAGACUUUUCAAAGCUCUAACAUAGAGUUGAAAACCAACUCGGUCUUUCUCUGACUCUCCAACCUCCUCAUUUCUCCGAAAAGGCUCCUCAGGUUUCGCAGAGUUGUUCUUGCUUUUCCUGGAUUGUGUUUGAGUCAGUUAAAGAUUUUGAAAGAGGAAUGUGAAUUGGAAGCUGGUUAUGAAUUUUUUUUUGGAUUGGUACUGAAGAAUUGUUGUGGAUAUUAGAACUGGGUUGAAUUGUUUUGUUGAGGAUUUGUGCAUGGUAAUCACUUACUGACGCAUAAAGAUGAUUGGAAGAAAAAACAUGGGUCGGCCAUCGCCAGUGCUUCUUGUUCUUUUGGUGCUUGGAUUUUUCUUUGCUACAUAUAAUCUAUUAACCAUUGUAAUGCACCACAAAGCCUCCAGCUCAGAGAAUUUGGGUGCUGAUGGAUCGAAAUUGUUAGAACCCGUAAUACUAAUGCCUGAAGAAAAGAAGAGAGCUGAGAAUUCAAAUUCAAAGUAUCAUGUCGCCCUUACAGCAACUGAUGCUCCUUACAGCCAGUGGCAGUGUCGAAUUAUGUAUUACUGGUAUAAAGAGAUGAAAGACAUGCCUGGAUCGGAUAUGGGAAAGUUUACCCGAAUCUUGCAUUCGGGUAGUCCUGACAAUUUGAUGGAGGAGAUUCCUACAUUCGUUGUCGAUCCUCUUCCACAGGGCUUGGAUAGGGGUUAUAUUGUCUUGAAUAGACCAUGGGCUUUUGUCCAAUGGCUGGAGAAAGCAACAAUAGAGGAAGAGUACAUUUUAAUGGCGGAACCUGAUCAUAUAUUUGCAAAUCCCUUGCCCAACUUGGCAAAAGGAAAUCACCCUGCAGCAUAUCCAUUUUUCUAUAUUAAGCCUGCCCAAAAUGAAAAAAUAAUUAGAAAAUUCUAUCCAGAUAAAAAUGGUCCAGUGAACAAUGUUGAUCCCAUUGGAAAUUCUCCUGUAAUAAUUAAAAAGUCCAUUCUGGAGGAAAUUGCUCCCACGUGGGUGAAUGUUUCCUUGAGAAUGAAAGAUGACCCAGAGACUGAUAAGGCUUUUGGAUGGGUGCUUGAAAUGUAUGCAUAUGCUGUAGCAUCUGCUUUACAUGGGGUACGCCAUAUUCUUCGCAAAGACUUCAUGUUGCAGCCUCCGUGGGAUUUGGAAGUUGGUAAGAGGUUUAUUAUCCAUUAUACUUAUGGAUGUGACUACAACUUAAAGGGAGAGCUGACUUAUGGAAAAAUUGGAGAAUGGCGUUUUGACAAGAGAUCUUAUCUAAGUGGUCCUCCACCAAAAAACCUUUCAUUACCCCCUCCAGGAGUUCCUGAAAGUGUGGUAAGACUUGUGACAAUGGUAAAUGAGGCUACUGCAAACAUUCCUGGGUGGGACACCUUAAGUCAAUGAUAGAAAAUGUGAAGCCAUUACUCUCUGACUUCAGAGAGCUCCCUGGUGAUGGUGAUGGUAUGUGAAUAGCAAUUGCUUGAAACAGAAUAUGAUACAUAGACAGAUGGAUCUUUGGUUAUUGACAGUAAAAAGGAAAAGGAAAACAAACACAAAGGCUGGAAUUCUUUUUGUAAACACUAGAAUUUUUUUUUUUUAGGGGGGGGGGGGUUGGCGGUGUUGGACAUUUAUGAUGGGAGUUUACAGAAAGUUUUUGAAGUCAAUUUGACAUUCUUGGAUACAUAUGUAAAAUUUAUAUAUAAUUGAGAUCGCUUUAGUCCA